AUGGCGGAUAUCUCACCUACGGACCCCAAUCACCCGUGGGUGGCGCGAGGCUAUCGACCGGAGUUUGCCUACAGUGUUAGAAAAGCGCCUGUCCAAGACCCCCACGGUGAGAUUGCGUAUCAGCGAGCGUUUGUCGAAGCAGCGGAGGCUAAGUACAGUCGAGCUGAGGGAAGGUUGUGUCGAGUACCGGAUCCGCUACUGUAUUACAACUCUCCUUCCGCACGAGACUAUAUCAAGAGAAGAGACGAUGCUAUCUUCUCGGCAAAGCCUAGGAACGGGAAUCCCAUGUCCUCAACUCAGCCUAACACGCCAUCAUCGAUAGGCACGCCGAUGUACUCCCCUGGCCGGCGUGCCUCGCCCAACUACAGUGCGAAUGGUGGCUCGACGGGACGAAGAACGAGCGUAAAGUCCGACAUUGAGCCCGCGCUCUCGAUAGCCAACUCGUCACCAAACACAAGAACGGCCGAUCAGGUGUCGCCCAGACCCUCAAGGCCUCACGCCGAGCAGUAUCAGCCUUAUGCUCCCAAGGGCCUUCCUUUGACGCUGGAGCCGAAGCUGGACGCACCAGCAGGUCCUUCCAGGAUGCUACGAUGA